AUGUUCGGUUCUCUGGAGCACGCCACCCUGCGAUACAUCGCCUUUGCCAACCACUUGAUGGUUCUCAUCUCUUCAAUCAUCGUCACUGGUCUUGCCUCUUGGUUCCUUUCCAAGUAUGACUACCGCGGUGUCGACAUUGUCUACCAGGAGGUCAUUGCUGUUAUCACUUUGGGUUUCUGGCUCAUUGGCUCAGUCCUUCCUUUGAUUGGCCGAUACCGUGGAUACCUGGCUCCUCUUAACCUGGUCUUCUCCUACCUCUGGCUCACUUCCUUCAUCUUCUCUUCUCAAGACUGGAGCAGCGGCAAGUGUGGCUUCGGCAAGCCUGGUGAGGGACACUGCUCUCGCAAGCACGCCAUUGACGCCUUCAACUUCCUUGCAUUCUUCUUCCUUCUGGCCAACACCAUUGUUGAGGGCAUCCUCCUCCGUGCUGAGUACAACCACUCCGCUGCUGCUCCCGUGAACAAGGAGCUUUCAGCUGGCGCCAAUAAUGCUUAA